CAGCCGCGGGGGGGCUGCUGAGGAGGGUGCUCGCCCCGGGGGGUCCCGCAAUGGCUGCGGCGGGCGGUAAACCAACAUAUACACCCACCGCUCCCUCACCCCCCCACGCUCCCACACUGCGUUCGAAACCCCCUCACUCAUCCCCGCUCGAGGGCCCGCCUCGCCUGUUUUUUUCGCGCAGACCCCAAACAUGGCGGCGGCUUUGUCCCUCCCCGCCUGCCGCGCCGACUGCUCCCCUUCCCCGCCUUUCGAACGCCAUACCACCCCCCCAGCACCCUUGCUCACGGCGAGUUGAGGCCGCAGAGCUCCGGUGACGAGAGGAGAACGGCGGCUCCGCGCACUGCAGCAGCGUCCGCCGCCGUCAGGACUAAGGCAUCAUCAUUACUUGGCUUUUUUUGGUCUACGGUGCCAGCCUGAUACCUGUACCUUCCUUUCCAGCAGACGCCACUGAACUGCAUUGUGUCUGUCAAGAACUCAGGCUGCAGCUUCAGAUCAUGGAGCUGAAAUGGCUACUCUAUGUGACCCUGCUCGCUCUCGGGACGUUUGCUGUCCAGGCACAUGAUAUAGAUGAUGACAAUGAUGGUGAUGACAUAGUUGAUAUUGAGGAUGACUUGGAUGAUGGCAUUGAGGAGGUGGAAGAGUCAAAAUCUGAAACAAGCACUCCUCCUCCAACUCCAAAGGUUACCUACAGGCCCCCAGUCCCAACUGGUGAGGUGUAUUUUGCGGAGUCCUUUGAUAAAGGAACUCUGGAUGGGUGGAUCCUUUCCAGGGCAAAAAAAGAUGAUACGGAUGAUGAGAUUGCAAAAUAUGAUGGUAAAUGGGAAGUACAAGACAUGAAGGACACUAAGCUUCCAGGAGACAAAGGGCUUGUAUUGGUAACUCGAGCCAAGCAUCAUGCAAUUUCAUCCAAACUUUCAAAGCCUUUUGUAUUUGAUACUAAACCCCUUAUUAUACAGUAUGAAGUAAACUUCCAAAAUGGAAUAGAGUGUGGUGGGGCCUAUGUGAAACUGCUUUCCAAAACCCCUGAACUGAACCUGGAUCAGUUCCAUGACAAAACUCCAUAUACUAUCAUGUUUGGCCCUGACAAAUGUGGAGAGGACUACAAAUUGCACUUCAUCUUCCGGCACAAAAACCCAAAGACUGGCAAAUACGAGGAGAAGCAUGCGAAGCGUCCAGAUGCGGACCUGAAGACUUAUUUCACUGAUAAGAAGACUCAUCUUUACACUCUGGUCUUGAAUCCUGAUAACAGUUUUGAAAUACUGGUUGAUCAAAAUGUGGUCAACAGUGGGAAUUUGCUGAAUGAUAUGACUCCUCCUGUGAAUCCACCCCGAGAGAUUGAGGACCCAAAUGACCAGAAGCCUGAGGACUGGGAUGAGAGACCGAAAAUCCCAGACCCAGAUGCUGUUAAACCAGAUGACUGGGACGAGGAUGCACCUGCAAAGAUAGCAGACGAAAAUGCUGUGAAACCAGAGGGCUGGCUGGAUGAUGAGCCAGAAUAUGUAGCAGAUCCUGAUGCUGAGAAGCCUGAGGAUUGGGAUGAGGAUAUGGAUGGUGAAUGGGAGGCACCUCAGAUUGCAAAUCCGAAAUGUGAGACAGCCCCUGGUUGUGGUACCUGGCAGAGACCAAUGAUUGACAAUCCAAACUACAAAGGCAAAUGGAAGCCUCCUAUGAUUGAUAAUGUGAACUACCAGGGUAUAUGGAAACCUAGGAAGAUCCCAAACCCAGAUUUCUUUGAAGACUUGGAACCUUUCAAGAUGACUCCCUUCAGUGCUGUGGGGCUUGAGCUAUGGUCAAUGACUUCUGACAUCUUUUUUGACAACUUUAUCAUCUGUACUGAGAGAGCUGUGGCUGAUGACUGGGCCAGUGAUGGAUGGGGACUGAAAAAGGCAGCUGAUGGUGCUGCAGAGCCUGGUGUUGUGGGCCAGAUGAUGGCAGCAGCUGAAGAGCGUCCCUGGCUUUGGGUGGUCUACAUCCUUACUGUGGCUUUGCCAGUGUUCCUUGUUGUCCUCUUCUGCUGUUCUGGGAAGAAACAGCCAAGUGCUGCAGAAUACAAAAAGACUGAUGCUCCUCAGCCUGAUGUGAUGGAUGAGGACAAAGAGGAAGAAAGAGAUAAAGGGGACAAGGAAGAGGAGGAUGAGGAGGAAACAAAUGAGGAAAAGCUAGAAGAGAAGCAGAGAAGUGAUGCUGAUAUAGGAAGUGCUAGUCAAGAGGAGGAAGAGGAUGAGGACGAGGACAGGAAACCUGCGUCAGAGGAGGAGGAAACUGUGAAUAGAUCACCCAGAAACAGAAAGCCAAGGAAAGAUUGAAAAAACAAAAAGUCAUAGGAACUUGAUCUGAUUUUGUUUUUUUUUUUCUUCAAACAUGGUUCUGGGAGAGGACCUUGGACACCUUACAUUGAAACUUGGACAAACCUCAAGGUUUCACCAUCCACAGGUUCCAGUCACACUAUCCAAUGUAAUGGAGUGUCUAGCAGUAAAAUAUUUGCAAUCAUUUGUUUUAAAGAACAUCAUUCCUGUAGAAAAGAAUGCAUUUAAUACAAUGGGCUGUGGAUUUUGGAAUGUAACAUAACUAACCUUUUCAUUUUUGGUUUUGAAUAUCCUUUUCUGUUUUUAAGUAGAUGAGUAGAACUUUUUCCAGUCUCAAACCUUGGCUUAAUUUAAUAUAUUAAUUAGUGAAAAAAAUAAUCAUAAAUCUUGAAAGUGCUAGGUGAUAAAAAAAUGCAGUUUUAUAACUAGUUUUUUUUACAAAUCUGUAAAUUCCUAAAUGCACCAAUGUCUUUAUAGCCCUUAAUUUGAUAAUUGCCUAAGGAGAUGUUGUCAAUGGUUUUUGACAACCCCUCCCCUCUCCUCAAGAAAACUAGAGGGGGAUGUAUGGGGAAACCAGAAGUGAAACUCUCUAAUCAAUCAAAUAUCUUCUUUUGGGGGGGGGGGGGGAGGAGGAGAAAGAGGAAGAAAGGGUGGAAGGAGUGGGUUAGUCUAUAGAAUAUGCAUCCUGUGCAUGGCUGAAACCCUGUUAAGUGUUGACAAAUGAUCUAGGAUUUGGAGUGGGUCAUUCUAAUGUGGCAUUUAAUCCUGCAGAUCUUGCAGGUAAUGAGUUUUGGUUUUGACUUUUUGUAAAGCUAAUAGGUUGUUUGGGAUGGGGGUGGGGGUUAGGCUACUUCCCCUUUUUCCUUCUGUUCAGCCACUGACGCUUUUCUUUGUGACUGCACAGCUUUUUCAGAGUGCAGCUUUGCCUCAGUUGCUGAUGUGCUUCAUGUUCAGCUCGUUGUCAAAUCAUUUUUUAUAGCUAGGCCUACUCCUUUCCAGGGUCCAAACACUGGGUAGGACAGUGUCCCAUAUCCUCUCACUGUUAUCACUGUAUGUCUACUCCUGUAGGAAUGGUGGAGAUAGUCAGGUAGACAAGUUGAACUGAGUAUUUAAGGUAAAAAAAACAAACGGCUAAACAGAAAAAAUACCAACCAAGAUGUCAGUAUUGUAGGUGGGGAAGGAGCAUGUGAAAUAUCUAACUGGUAUGUGAAAAUGUUUUAAGUCUUUUAUCUGCUCUUCAUGUAACAAAUGCAUCCUAAAUUAUAUUGUGAAUGUUAGGGAGUUCCAAUUCCAGCUGAAUAAAUUUUUUUUAAAGCGUUGAGUCUACCAUAUUAUACUGUUUGAAACACUUCUUUUGUGGAAUGCAGGUCAUCACUACAAGAGCAUACCUCUGAAGGUGAAAGUUAUGUAACUUCAUUACACUGUACCAAAUAUGCUGGCAUUUGGAUGUCUAUAUAGAUGAAUUUUUGACUUUUGUUUAGAGUGAAAUUAAAUGUCCUGAGAUUACUCUUCUUGCACUGAAUUUAAACACUCCAGUGUUGUUUGGUCAUAGCGUAGGUAUAGUGUGGGGAAUAAUUCCCAGGGGAGGGAAGAGUGUUGCAGUUACCUUUGCAAAUCUAACCCAUCACUAAAAGACUUGUUUUGGGUUUGGGUUGUUUUUUUUUUUUUUUGUAAAACACCUUUUGCUGCCUGUCCUUAUGUUGUAUCCUUUGGUUGUUGUGUUUGAAAUAUUAGUGAUCACAAGUGCAUAGCAGGAUUUCUUGAUCUUUCUCCAGUGUGCAAAUAAACUAUUGUAAGCAAGAUACUGGAAGUAAUUUCAGACUUCUGUUGGAAGCUAUUGCAUGUUUAGAAUGCCUUUGCCUGUUGAACACCUGGUAAAUACUGCUCCUUACUGCAAAAAUAGCUUAUACUCUGACAUGGAAGAUGUCAUAGCUUAAGCAUUGCUAUUAGCUUGUUCUCAGGACUGUAUUUUUAUCAAGGAGCAGCUGCUAUUUAUGACUCUCAGUCCUUUGAGAUGAAGUAUAUGUAAAUGGUUUCAAUUCAGCUAACAUUUUGAGCACAACACAGUCAAUCUGAUGUUUUUUAAAUCUUAAUAUGCAAACUGCCUUAAAUUCCCAAACAAUUCAUGUGCAUAGGAAAUAUCAAAAGUGAACUUAAGAUCUGCUAUCAGCUUUUGAAUAGUAUUAUAUUAAAGCUAGUUGUGAAUUUACAUUUGCUUCUGCUAAAUCUCCUGAAAAGGUCUCCUGUCUGCAUGUUAUGGCUUUUUUUAUUUGAUACCAUAGUGUAUGCUUCUUAAAUAAUUACUACAAUAAAUGAAGACUUUCUCCAAAAUAGACAGACAACUCCGAAGUUACUUCUCAACCUGUUUUGUAGCUUGGGUGGCUCAGUUUAACCUCACAAUAACUCUUUAUCUUCAAAGCCCCGGUGAGAAAAAGUAAGUAGCUAUCUGUUUAUCCUGAGUAUAUUGUAAAGUGAGGCUGUAUUUUUUUGGUAAUAUUGAAACCCUACCUGGUUGUAACUUAUGAAUUAAGUAGGAACUGUUAGUAAUACUUGAAGGUGUAUUUAGGCCUUUUGUGUCUGCACACCCAAAAGCGGCAGCUUCUGAAAAGGAUGCUCUACUUAACAUGCUGUGGCUGAAGGUGUGGGUGGGAGGUUAGACAGAAAAACCCCAAAACCCUAGGUGCAGUCAGUCUGAAACACAAGGCAGUGGACAUGCUGAAAACGGAUUUUCUCUUGGAGCUGGUGCUCUGUAAAGGGAGCUGGUAAAGAUGCAGUUAACCAACUAACCUGUUCCAGAAGUGUUGAUGGAUGUGUGUCUAGCUGCUCUGAGCCUGGCUAAUGGUGAAUUACCUACAGCUUGAGCCUGUGACCUGUAAAAUGCGUUGCAAAUUUCAAAGAUUUGACUCCUGGGCCUGAAGAGAUACUCUUGCAAGUGCUAAGUGCUAGUAGAGGUACGUCUCUGUGGUUGUCUUUCGCUCUUUCCUUGCUCCUUCCUCAAAAGCAGUGUUCUACAUAGGCUGUGAUUACGUUAUGUAGGGCUAGCGAAUGUGCUAUCCCUAACUGCUUCCCCCACUUAAUACCGCUAUUGCCUCAUGGUCCCAAAAAGGGUUUUGGUAGGUUCUUUUAGUGUUGCUGAACAAGGACUGUGAUCUCAUUUCAAAAGGUACCUGUAGAUGCAACUUGAGAAAAACACAUGUACGAUCUAAUCAAUAAAGAAACCUAAACCUG